CGGAAGUGGCUCUCGCAUGCUGAGCGCGCGGCGCGCGGUGCUGGCGGCGCUGGCUCGGGCCGGGGAGGGAGCGCCGGGCCUGGGGCCGGGGCUGGGCCGCGCCCGCCUGCUGCUGCCGCUGCCCCUGCCCGGCAGCGCGGCCCAGCCGGACACGCGAGGCUGGAGGGAGGCGGUGGCGGCCGCCGUCGGUGCCCUACAGGCGGGCGGGUUGGUGGCGGUACCGACGGACACGGUGUACGGCGUGGCGUGUCUGGCCCAGGACUCUGGUGCCGUGCGGAGCAUCUACAGUCUGAAGGGGCGGAACGGGAGGAAGCCGCUGGCCAUCUGCCUCGGGGACGUGGACGGCCUGUACAGGUACUGCCACGUGAAUGUGCCGGAUGAGUUGUUGCGGGACCUGCUUCCAGGACCCGUGACCCUGGUCUUAAAACGCUCAGAAGAAUUAAAUAAAGACUUGAAUCCUUUCACAUCGCUGGUUGGUGUUCGUAUUCCAAACCACCCUUUUAUUAGGGACUUGGCACGAGCUUGCGCUGGACCACUGGCUCUAACAAGUGCUAACAUCAGCUCUCAGGCGAGCACGCUGACUGUUUCGGAAUUCCAAGACUUGUGGCCUCAGUUGUCCUUAAUCAUCGAUGGAGGCCCAAUAGGAGAUAUACAGAGCCCAGAGUGUCGUUUGGGGUCAACUGUGGUUGACUUAUCUGUGUCGGGGAAGUUCACCAUCAUUCGUCCUGGCUGUGCAAUGAUGCCUACGGUUGAAAUCCUGAGGCAGAAGUAUGGCUUGAUACCAGAAUCAUCGUAACACUUUGGACUCUGAGGAGGCUCUGCAGAGCUGGUGAAGUUGGGCACCAUGUGUCUGCACAUUCAGGAAAUGGGCUUUUGUGGCCUUGUUUAAUAAGGUCGAUGGGUUAGGUCAAGGUUAAUAAACAAAAGAUUAAAAAGAAAACCAACCCAAACAAACCCAGAACAGUAGUUGAUGUGUAUCUGUUAAUUAGUACCACAUCUGCUAUAGUCUGAGAAACCAGCCUGAUGUGUAUGCUGACCUCUUUGUGCUGCUGUACCAUUCCAAAAUACUUGUCUGUUUUAUUAGUGUGAUUAGGCCUUUGAAAUACAGUAAUUUUAAUGUUAGGAUGGGAUGAUGAAUAUAGUGUCUGAUCCACCCUCCCCAUAACGCUUAUGCCGUGUCUUUGUUUAUUGUAUCUGCACUGAAAGAAAAGCAAAGAUGGAAAAGAGGUUUUUUUGAAGCUUUCACAGUGUUGUAGCUAUGGUGUUCUCUGGCUGCUGUUCUAACUGUAAUCAAAACCUACUACUGAAACUAUCAGUGCUUUUGAAAUUUAAUAGUAUUUAAAUGGUCCCUAUCUAGACGGGAGCUGCUCAGAAAGACCUGGCUUCCUCAUAAUAUAAAGAAUGAAAAGGAGCUCUUGGCUUGCUGAUCUUCAUUUUUUGAAUGUGGACUUCCCUCUUGAUUUUGUUCUGAAAACAGUGCUAAGCUGAAGUAAAUAGGGAAUGGAUGAAAGUUUCCCCUAGUGUUUAUUCUUCACUGGAAAGUAAAGUUUAUGGAGCUGCUAUUAAUUUAAAAACUGGUAAGCAACCUGCAUGAUUUUGUUCUAAAUGCUUAUUUUUAGACAUGUUGUCCCUCACUUUUGAUGCACUUGGGCGCUUAGUGAGAUCGUGUAUGGAGUUGUCAUAAAUAGAACCUUGUUUCACAUUCA